GUACUCUAUAUAGGGGCUCGCAGAUCGAACAUUCUUCAAGGUUACCCGUCAAACAUUUGUUGCUUCCCGGAAUCUGAAGGAUGUCUUAUUCUAAAUUGUCGCGGAAUACUGUAUGAUUUUUGUACUAUGGAUCGAUUUGUUCGCAAGAUAAAUAGCAGCCCUAAGUCUAAACGGAAAACACUCGUACAAUCUGAAGACAACUUUGGUGUUCCAUUAAAGGUCCUGCUUGAUAGAGAUUCUACGAAACCGGUGCCUCGAAUAGUAAAAAACAUUUGUGAUUAUUUGCUUCACUAUGGGCUCAAUUCACAAGGAAUUUUUCGUAUCAAUGGGAGUGCUAAGUUGAUUGACGGGUUCAAAACUACAUUUCAGAUAUCGGCAGCCGACGAUCUAUAUUCUUUGGGAAAUGUUGAUAUUUAUGCUUUAGCGGGUGUUUUAAAGCUAUUUCUUCGCGAACUACCUGAUGGACUUGUUCCGGAAAAACUUGGACUUAAAUGUAUAAAGGUUGCGAAAGAAUAUUCAAGUGACUUGAAUGUGUACAUACUUAAACUACAAACUGUAUUAUUUACAUUGCCGCAUGAAAACUAUGAACUCUUAAAAUAUUUGUGUAAGUUUUUGAACAAGAUUGCGGAAAACGAACCCGUCAAUAAAAUGUCGCGCAAUAGUUUAGGAAUUAUUUUUGGUCCUUGUGUGUUUCGUUGCAGUUUGGACUUACAGGUUCUAAAGAAUCAGAGCUUGACAAAUUACAUAAUGACUUCACUAAUCCAAUACCAUGAUGCUAUAUUUGUUCAUCACCCUAAAACUGACUUUUUCGUAUUGGACCAUCUGUUCAAACUACCGGAAAUUGUCUCUAACUCAGCUUUACCGAUCCUUGAAGAUCGUGUUCAGCCAUCAAGUGAAAUAUCAACGAGUUCCAGUCAAAAUGAUAGUCCAGGAAUUAUUAACAGCCUGCAGGAAGACACAUUCUCAAAUUUUGUGGAAACUCUGUCCAUGGCUCCUAGAAAUACACCUAAACCUGAACCAGACAACCAUGUGUGGAUGCCACAUCACUGUUCUUCUAGUGAGCCGAAGAUUCCUCGAACAAAUCCUUGUCACAGUACACCAGAUUCGACGUGUGGUUUUACAGUUGACAAUAAUCUCUCUAGUGACAGUUCUCCAUUUCACAACAUUGUGUCGUCUCACCGAUACAAAGAAUUCCUUAUUAGUUCAUCAACUUCACCCACACCCAGCCCAAUCACUUUCGAAGUUUCUAGUACCCCAACCUUUGUGAGUAGAAGCAAUUCAAUUUCCUAUAAUGAAGAAGAAAAUGCUGAACAAGUUCCAGACUCAGGUGUAGAAGCGCCUUACACAAAGACAUCGGAACAACUGGCCUUGGAUAUCACAAAUAUUAUUUCGUCCAUGGCUACAUCCCGUUCUUUAGAGGCACUGAGCUUCGAAACACAACUUGAUGAUUGUUUUGCUAAUUCAACUCAGAUAUCAAAUUGUAAUAAGAAGCACAACCAUGUUGAAGAGAACCCAAGAGAAAAGUUACGUAUUUCUGGUAUGUUAUCAAGAUCGUCAAACAAAGUUUCAACAGGUGAUAGUUUGUUCAACAAAGUGAUUCGUUUUACUCACGUCACUGAUGAUCCCAAUAAAAUUAAAAGAACUUUUAGCCAUCGGAAACAUACAAUCAAAGAAUCAAGUGUCCAUCCAAUCAGUACUUGGAAUUCCAUGCCUUCUGUGAAAAAUAAAACGAUACAAACUCCGCCUAAGUUUAUGGACUCUUGUGUGGCAGUUUAUGGUCAAGAUCUUUGUAGUCAGUCCCCACAACAUAAUAACGUUAUAUCAAAUACUUUGAAAUAUAAUGGAUAUCGGUUUCCGAAUACUGACAAUACUUACCGACCUAUAAAUUUGCAAAAGGAUGAUUUUAAUGCAGCUAGAGUACAAGAUACAGCAAAUUCAACACAUACGUCUACUUUUAUGCCAGUUAGCACAAAUCAGUUUUACAUGGAAAUGCCGGCUGCUAACAAUGAGUUUGCCAAUUCGGUUGGUAGUACUCAGCCAUCUCCAACUGUAGAGAAUAUUUUGACUCAGGCGAUAAACCAAUGUUCUGAUACUCAUAUUUUUUCCCUCUCUGUGAAGCAGAAAUUAGAUUGUCCCAGCGACUCCAGCAGCUUUCCUUAUUCAAUAAAUGAAAUGGAUCUUACAGCUUCUACGAAAAGAAAUUCAGUCUCAAGUUUUGUUAAGCCGAUAUCAACUUUAUCGUAUCAAUCAGAAAUACCAGUUUGUGUAUUUGACCGUUCUCAUCCUAACCAUAAUCAUGUAGGUGGUUCUAAUUGUGAAAUUGAAAAUAAUCAAAAUAAGUCUUUCGAAUUAGCAACUCUUCAAUAUGAUGCUACCCAUCAACCAAAGAAAUACAAUCAUAGUACACCAACUAGUCCGAUAUUAUCUAGUCAUACCGCUUCAAUUACUCUUAGAUCAAAGUCAAAUUCUGUUGGUGCAGUAACCGUCAAACCAAUUCAUUCCUUUAUUCAUAAACCUAAAGAUCGUGGAUCAUGCCCUCCUAAUUUACUGCCUCUUUCUUCGAAGGCAAACAAUGAACACUUAAACGAAUCUGCUCCAAACUUCGGGAGGCUUUCUUCUCCUGAAAGAAAUCAAAUGAUUACAAAGAAGAGGAUAAAACAACAGUAUUCAAUCUUUGAUCGAUCCCCAAUAUCAAAUCAAAAUAGGGAAAAUACCAGAUCCUAUGGAGCUCAGUUAAAUAAAUCAAAUCAUUUUUUAAGAUCAGCAAAAUAUCCUAGUUCCAUCUUUGAUAGUACACAAAAUUUCAAAAAGACCUUGGAUGCAAUAGGAUUAAAAAGUUUGUUAAAUUUACCAAAUAAAACCUACAGCGAACCGAAUUUAUUGUAUUUCAAAAACCAAUUGUCACGAAGGACAAAACUGAAAUACAUAUCGUUACAGCAUUUAACCACGGAUGAAUUAUCAAGCAUAAAAGCAUUACCCACAUUCAAAUUGAUUAAUAAAGAAAAUUUAACUACUAUUCCAGUAAAAAUAUCGAAGAAUUUAUUAUUUUCUAAUAAAGAAGCACCAAAUAUGAACUUAAUUUCACCUUCAGUUAUUUCAGUUAUAAGGCGAGUAAAUUCAUUUUCAUCAAAUAGUCAUACAUCUUCAGGAAAAUAUCAUUCUUUCUUAAGAAAAUAUUCAUCACCUUUAUUGAAAGAUUUAAGAAAUUUUUAUGAAAAUUCUGAAAAUCAUAAUGUUGGUGAUAAAGAUGAUAAUGCUGGUGAUGUAUCAUUAGAGCAAUCAAAUUCACCAUUGAUAUCUAUUGAGUCAUUCUAUGAACUUUUGUGCGCUGCAUUAUCUAAACAACGUGAAUAUUGUAAUCGUCCUGAACGACUGAGUGAAAUGAACUGGGACCAACCUUGAAAUAUCACGAAUUUGUAUUGUUCUGUAAAUCAUACUCUUCCUGUUGGUUUUCUGUGUUAACUAAUGUCUGAGUGAUAUAAUGAUUAAUCGGUUUUAUUUCAUUUUGGUGUAAACUUUGAGAGUUUAUUUUUUUAGUUUAGUUUACUGUUCUUACUAUUCAUAUAAUGAGUUUUACCAGUAUUUUUUAUUUUGUUAGGAUUAAUUUGGUUAUACUUUUAAAAUAUAAACGUGAUUUCUAAGAGCACUUUUAUUUAUUUGUAUUUAACAUGAUUGCUAACAAAACUACUACAUUUUGUUGCCUAACAUGGUAUUGAAAAUAUGUUCACCUGUUAAAAACUGCUUUCUCUUUUGAAUAUUUCAGAUUGAACGAGAGAAAUAUGAUAUUCAAAAAAGUCUCUUAUAUUUUGAAGGUCUUUAUGGACGACCGAAAUCUCCUACAUCGAAACGAAUUAUGAAACCUAUAUAUGAGCGUUAUCGUCAGGUUAAACGUCUUAUUUCUUCUCGAUAUGGUGUUUGUAGUGAAUUCCCAUUUGGAAUGAAUUUGUCUCGUUUAAAAGUGCCCAUUAACGAUUCCAUAGUUAGUGUUAAUGAACAAUCUCCAGAUAAACAACCAAAUGUAACGGUUUCAAAUAAGUUAAUGGAAUUUCUAAACACUCCAACAAUCGCAUCUCCGACCUGUUUACAAGAUAAUAUUCAUAAUAUAGGUUAUGAUUCUGACUCAAGUACAUUUGAAAAUGUGUAUAAGAAUAAAGAAUCUAGCUUCCCAGUUAAAGUUAAGCAAAGAAAUUAUAAUUUACAAUCCACAGAAAAUCGUAAUCUUGUAACAAUUGAAAACAAUCAAAAUCCAAGUUUCCCAUUUAAUUCCAACCAUAGAAAAUCACUUAUGAGACCGGAUGACCACAACAUUCAGUUGUAAGAUGUUUUAUUCUUGUUUACUUGUAGAUUUAUAUUAUAUAACAAUUUUCACCAUUUUUUUUUACUUUUUAUUGUCAAUCAAUAAUAGUCAAAUGCUGAGAACAAAUGAAGAACAUUAGAUACUUAUUUUCUCUUAUGCUGUUUUUUAUUAACAGUUAGGCCUUAUCGUGGACGUAUUCACUUUUAUACACAACAUUCCAAUUUCGAAUUGUUAGAGGUAUCGUAAACAACUAUGCUCCUUAUCUCCUAUGGAAUUAUAUAAUGAAAAGAAAAAUGUCUUAUUAAAGAAGCAUAUUGUUCAAACUGAAUUAGUCGAAUAUGAGAAUAGUAUCAAACGUGUAUUAGGUCGUAAACCUAACAAAACUGAACGUAAACCAAUACGGGAUAAAUAUGAAUUAUAUGAUUUAAUUAAACGUCAAUUGAAAAUUGUUGACUCUUGUCUAAUAAAUUUAUCCUCAUCUGAUUUAAUCAAUAUAAGAGAUGAUAUAAAUACAAAUUAAUUGAAAUAAAAAUAUCAUUGUAAAUAAAUGAGAAAAUUUCUUUAUUUUAUCACAAUGUACAUGUAUAUGGUUUCAUUCAUUCUAUUUUCAUGAGUAAAUUGUUAUGAUGAAAUAGUACAAUUGCAUUUUGUUCUUAAAACUAAUUUCUAUCUAAAUUAUUAAUUCAUUUCAGGGGGGGGGAGAGGAAAAGAAAUCUAUAUGUUAUUUAUGCUUACUUAUAAAUGUUAUUAUAAUUCAAUAAAACAGUUUCAUCUUGUGAUAAAUAAGCAUUAUGUCGAUCACUUUUAUAAAGUUUGCUUUAUUUCGACAUAGAUUUAUCAUAUAUAUUUGUUUUUGUAUCGCUUGACAACAUCUACUCAUACACACUCAUGCCUCUAGUAUUCUGUGUUUUCAUUGUUAUUGUCUUUCAUUUGUAUAAUAUACAUGUUAUUAAUAUUCUAAUCAUCUUUAUUAUCACAUCGCUUUCGAUAAAUAGCUCUUACAAAGAGAGUAUGUGUGUAAUUUUCCACAACAUAACGUUACUUUUUCGUUCCUGUGUGAUUUGUCUCAAUUCUACUUGUUUACAUCUCCCUCUCUCCUUCUAUUAAUACUAAAAGCCAUAGUGUACAUCUUGGUCGCUUAUUUCUCCAUAUGUUUGAUAGGUUCAUUCUAUCUGUUAUUGACUGUGUAUAGUAAUUACCUAUUCAUUGAUUUGCAACAUAUUCAAUUUCUUCUCUAUGUUUUCUGUAUAGCUGUAAAUCAUUCCAAUCAUUUGGGGAGAGGAAUAAUUACUUGCCUUUAUUGGGAAGACUAUGGGGUUUCUGUUUUUUUUUCUCCAUUUCAAUUUUUUUUGUGAAUUGGUCAACAGCUGUUGAUCCUCUUUAAAUUCUGAUGCAUUUUUGUUUCACAGUUAUUAUUUAAAACAUACCAAAUGUCAUUUUUACAUGUGUGUAAGUGUGUGUCGAAGUUUUGUUCUUUCCGUUAAAUUUUUAGAUUCUUAUAUAUCUGACAGUACACAUGUAUCCCAUUUCAUUGUAUUAAAUAGUACAUUUAUAAAGUUGAUAGACAAAUUUCUAUCUUGCUCGUUGCUACUUGACUUCCUCGUUUUUCUUGUUUCAAUAUGAUAAAUAAGCUUCUUUUUUUUCUCUCUCUUCUGCAAAAUAAUAAACAUUUUACAGUUUGUUUUCUUAAAUUAAUCUACUACAAGAAUUCCAUAUAUUGUAAACACGUUCGUUUUAUUUGUGCGUGUUUGUGUGUUUAGCAAAUAAAAUAUCAUCCGAUGAUUUAUUCAAACUUAAUGUGUACUAAAAAGAAAAGAUGGGUGAAUGAUCCCGUGUCAUAUUGGUUUUUCUUAUUGUCUAUGUAAACAAGAGUAUUUUUGCAUAAAAAGUAAUUUUAUUUAUUUGUUAUUGUUGCUAUUUAUAUUAUUCUACAUUCAUUUUCUUUGAUACAUUGCAUCCUUCUUAGUAAGAAAAAAAAAUGUCAAAUUGUAAACAGCAUUCUUCUGUACAUAUUUUUAAUUCAUUCUACAUAUUUAUCCGGAUCAUGUUUUUCAAAUAAUAUCACUACCAUUUGUAGUAAUUUCUUUUUUUGCCGCCUCUUCAGCAUUUUUAAAAAUUAUUUGUGGUUUACCGAUAGAUAGAUAGAUAUUGGUCGACAAUUUGAAGUUCAUUUCGUUCUCGCCUAUUUUCAAAGCGAAUAUUUUGUUUUCAUUUUUUUUAUAAGGUUUAUGUACCUACAUUUCAUUUGUCAUAGAAUGUAAUAUAUCGUCU